AGAUGUCAAUUAUUUCUUUUCGCUAUAGACGACAUCACAAGAAGGAAGAUAGCUGUGUACACUGGAAAAAACGAACAUGGCGACUGAUGUUACUGAACCAUCAACGUCGACAAUAACCGAGCAGUUUGAGAUGAAAGCAGAGCAACUGGAUUCAAAAAUGAGGUGCACCAAAGAAGACUUGAUCUCUUUGGCCUUGGCAGUUUUCAUUCCUAUUCUGAUUACUGUGUUUGCUUUAUUCUCUUUGUUACCAUCACUUAAGGCCCCACCAUUACCAAGCUUUGAAGACCCUAUCAAGGGAUUUGAGCCAAGAGGAACAGAACUCAGCAACCGUUUAAUAACCCUGAAAAAUUUAAAUAAUGUAUCUUUGAGUAAAUUCAAUGGAUCACAGGCCAAAACAAGAAAUGUCCGCUCUGUAAAUACUAAUAAUUGCAGAAUGAGGAAAAGCUAUGUUCACCUUGUUUUUCAGUCAACAUCGACAAGCAGUCUUCUUACUGCUAAAAACUUGAAGGCAAUGUGUGUGUUAGAGAAGAAAGUUAUGAAAUCCACUUCUGGAUUUGAUUUCUCCUACUAUGGAGGAUGUCCAGAGUGCUGCCCAAGUUUAUCUUUGGGAAACCUUGUUGCUAAAGUCGGUAACAAAGGCGCAUGUGAAAACAUUACAGAUUUUGAUGUUCAAAUGGGACUGAAGAUUCUUCAAAACUGCUCAGUAUAUUAUGCCAAAGGGCUGCUUAACGCAACAGUCAGCUGUUAUCCUGAUUCUUCUGGCUAUAACAGCCGUCCAUCCAUCCCAUGCCAAUGCAUUAAAGACAAAGCUGUUUUCUACACCCUGAACUACCUUACAGACAGUGAUUUCCUCAAAACACUGAGCGAUACUAAUUUGAAGUACUCCCUGGUAAUGUCACCCAUCGUUCGCAAUUACGACCUCUUUUACCAUAUCUAUGAGACACACCUCAAAGACACCUUGCCAGAAUACAAUGGUGUCAAAGUUGUGGCGUUCCACUUCGAAAAUUUCAAAUUUGACCUCUUUAACAACCUCUUGAUAGAAAACACCAAAUACCCUGCAAUAGCAAUGGUUUUUGUGCUCAUCAUUAUGUGUUCAUUUCUCAACUCCAUCAUCCUUUCCAUUUGCACCUUGUUUUGCAUUAUCUUUGCUCUAGUCUUUUCUUACUUUCUCUACAACAUUGUUUUUGGCGUUUCUUUCUUUCCAUUUCUAAAUGUUAUUACUUUAGUAUUUCUUGUUGGUAUUGGAGCGGACGAUGCCUUUGUCUAUUAUGACAUCUGGAGACAAACAAAACUUGCACACCCUGAUGCAGAUGUUGUGACUCUAACCUUUAAGACUCUUCGCUAUGCAGCACUAUCAAUGUUUGUCACAAGUUUCACCACUUCAGCAGCAUUUUUUGCCAGCGUGACGUCACACAUUACGUCCAUCAAAUGUUUCGGAAUUUUCGCAGGUUUGUCAAUUUUGACAAACUAUUUGAUUAUGGUCACUUGGUUUCCAGUUGUUGUGAUCUUGCAUGAAAGAUGGGUUCGUAAACGGCCUGUUAAGCCAAGCCCUCGUCAGAUACAGGAAAAGCCAGUUUCUAAUAACAUUAAUGGUCGAGAUGGCGGGGAUGUCCAAGACAAAGGUGAUAGUUCUGAACCCAAUAAUGGAGGAAGAAGCAGCCUAGCUUGUCUUGUUUGUUGGGCGAUUGACUUUCCCUGCCACUUCAUUCCUGGACAUAACACCUUCUUCUCAAAAAUGAACCAAAAGUUAUUUGACCAUUGGCUUCCAAACGCAGUUCUCAAGAAAAGAUUACACUUUCUCUGGAUCUUUCUCUUCUUUGGCUUAACCAUUGGGUUCUUGUGCGUAAUCUUUGUCAAACCAGGUCUGAAUCUACCAACGAGUAAAGAUUUCCAAGUCUUUGCAGCAAGUAGUAAUGUGGAAAAGUACGACCUCGGAAUAAAGUACAAAUUUCGCUUCAACCAAGUUAGGAGUUGGGGGCUGCCUGUCCAUCUUGUUUGGGGGCUGAAGGAGGUGGAUAAUGGAGACUAUUUGAAUCCAAACAACAAAGGAACCUUGGAGUAUAAUCCCUCGUUUGAUCCUUUCUCUAAAGAAUCACAAAAAUGGAUGCUUUCUCUGUGUAAAAGUCUUCAAAAACAGAGAUUUUACACAACCAAGAGCUUUGGAGAAAGUGGUGUAUGCGCCAUCAAAACGUUUAUCAAAAACUGCAGAAACUACACCUUCCCGUUUCCCAGAGAAAUCUUUCAAAAUGCUUGUUUCAAAUGGGCCGGUAAUCAAUGGAGUGAAUAUCCAAGAUUGUUAUAUGACAAAAAUAAAAAGGCUCUUGUGAUGACUAUGUGGUUUGAGACAAAUGUCCAAUGGACUGCGGCAUAUGACAAGAUGGACGAUUUCUGGAAAAGCCUAAAGACCUGGGAAUCAGAAAUUUUUGCUACUGCUCCUUCAGGCAUGAAAAAUGGCUGGCUUGUCAGCUACGACCUCGAACAAAUGUACAAUCUCCAAGACAGCCUGAAACAGGGAACAUUUUCGUCAAUGGGCAUUUCGGUUGCCAUCGCUUUCUGUGUCAUGUUGUUGACGACUCUCAAUAUCUUCAUCAGUAUUUAUGCUAUCGUUACUAUAAUUGGCAUCAUCGCCAUAUCUGUCGGUUGCUUGGUUCUUUUGGGUUGGCAACUGAAUAUUCUGGAGUCUAUAGUGAUGGCAGUAGCUGUGGGUCUCUCCAUUGACUUCACAAUGCAUUAUGGAGUGGCCUAUCGACUAUCACCUCACAAAGAGAACAGAGAACUAAGAGUACGCUACUCCUUCUCUCAUAUUGGAUCAGCUAUUUCCAUGGCGGCUUUGACUACUUUUAUCACAGGUCUACUAAUGAUGCCAGCCAUUGUGUUGGUUUAUAACCAACUUGGUCAGUUUCUCAUGUUGUUGAUGGUAUUCAGCUGGUUGUACGCUACCUUUGCUUUCCUUUCUUUAUGUGCUGUGAUCGGUCCGGUUGGAAAUUUUGGACAGCUCAGCUUAACAAAGUUUUGCUCUAAUUUUGGGCCAUGUCGAGUGAAACCAGCCUCUGUACAAGACGAGCAGAACACUGUAGAGAGUAAGGACGUACAUUCUGUACAAACCAAAGAACAAAUUAAAGAAACUGAUGUAGAAUCUAAAGAUGGCCUUGAUGUAAAAUUGGGUGAUGAAAACGAAAGAGAAACCCAUUUGUAAAAUACGGUUGCUUUAAAUAUAAAAAAUGUACUCCAUUUAUUUACUUUUCGAACACUUCUCACACGGUUAUCGUGUUCAAAUGUGAUAAUGGCGACAAAAACUUAAUUAAGUUGAUAAUGUCCAUUUGAAAUCCCAGUCUAGCUAAGAAAUAAUAGAGUUAAUCACUUUUUUUUUUUGUAAUCACUACCAAAUCCUGCAAUCUGAUUGGUUCAAAGGAGUGCGAUUAAUUCCCAAAUCGCAUCCUUAGGAGUUCUUAAUCGCAUUCUAAAAAAAAAUUUUUUUUUAACAAUAAAAUAAAACAAAAAAAUUAUAAAAAAAAGUUUUUUUAGAUGUUUUUUUUUGUUCGCAUUUAGUUUUUCUACUACAUUAAACUGAUUAUUCUGCACUCUUUAUUGUACCUUUUUCUUAUGUGUGAUUACAAAAAGGAUAUGAUUAAGUGGUAAUUGAACUUCGUGUCGUGCAAUUUUGGUCUGAAAUCAAACUUGCAAUUACAAAUCACACUCCCGUUACGCGGUCGUGUGAUUUUGUAAUCGCGCGUUUGAUUUCAGACCAAAUUGCACUCCACUCAGUUCAAUUACUAUUAUUUAGUUAUUUAACCCACGAAAUUAAAGAUACUAAUCGUGUAAUGGUCAAAUAUGCACAAAAGAAAACGAUUGAAUUAGGGUCUACUAAUGUGUAUUAGUAAAAUAUCUAUUUCAUGGAUGAAGCCAUACAGCGCUAUUUUAUUUAAUUGUAAUUAUAAGAUUCUGCCAGUAAUAUAUUAAAGUAUUUUUUAUAACCAGGCCUGUUGCGCAUUCCCGGGUAACCUUGCUACUUUCCAGUUGAAAAAUGUGUGAUUACUCGUUUUUUGAACUGAAACAAAGUCAUUUAAUAUGACAAUCUCAUUGCGCAARCUAACGAGUCUAUGAGUCAAUAGCCCAUGAGGCGAGAUGACUUAAGCCUGGUUUUCACUGGCGACGGAAGCAGAAGCAGAAGCGAGAGACGUCUUAUGUUCCUGUGAAAAUCAAAAAACGGAGACGUAAGCAGAAGGAACGGAAGGUUUCCUAUUUCUUUUAUGCUUCUGCUUCUGCUUCCGUCCUUACGUCGCUAGAGAAAACCAGAUUCUUAUGCUUCCGUCGCUAACAUACAGAAUAGACUAGGAGCACAAGGUGGUAAGCCAAUCAAAUUCUCGUAUUCAGUCCCCUGCACAUAUUGGAUUCUUGUAUAAACAAUGGCUUCCUAUUGUGUUUCUUAUGCUUCCGUCACAUUCAUUUUCACUAGAACAUAAAGAUCUUAUGCUCAUGCUCCCGUCGCUUAUUAUGUCGCUAGUAAAAACCCGCCUUUGUUGUUGUUUUUUUAGUUAAAUCCAACUAGUCGGCCAAAUAUAUAGAUGCAAACAAUUUAAAUGAAGUUAAAUUGCCAAUGUUUUGGCUUUCAAAGCCGGCACUUUUCACUACUAGUAGGCCAUAACUCAUAGCCUAGUAGUAGCUCAUCCAAUCAGAAUGCAGCAUUGAUGAUAGACCGCUAGUUAGAUCACAGGAAGCCCAUACAAGCUUUGAGAGCUGAAUGUAAUUUUAGGGGAAAAAAAUUAAAAAUAAAAUAAAUAGAAGCUAAUAUCUACUCA